AUGGUGCUCAUCCUCGAGUUCCUGCUCGCCGACGUGGCGCAGGACGACGCCGUCGCCGCCGCGCUCCCGGCCACGCUCCGCCUCUUGCGCCGCCGCCGCCCGGUCGAGGUGGCCAGCACGCCGGUGCGCUCCCGCUGGUGCGGCCGGCUGACGGAGCUGCUCCGGAGCGACUGUGCGAGCGCGAGGCACGCCGGCAUCGCGCUCGUCGUCGAGACGGCGACGCAGCUCGACGAGGCGGCCUUCGCGGCGCACCGCGAGCCUUGGGCCGUCACGCUGCUCUCUCUGUCCACGCAGCGCUCCGGAGGCGAUGCCAUCCGCUCUGCGAGCGCCGCCGCCCUCACCGAGCUGCUGGCCGUCGCCUCCAGGUGGCCAGUGCAGCGCCGCGACGCCGCAGUGCACGCGCCGCGACUCCUCGGCGCGCUGCUCUCCAUGGCGGAGCGGCCGAGCGCCUCUGCCACCGCCGACGCCGACGUCGGAGGCUGCUCGGUCGAGGCUGAGGUGGUGACGAGCACGCUGAAGCUUGCGCGCGUCGCCCCGCACUGCGCGUGGGGCGAGACGGUCGCCUCCCUCAGCGGCACGCUGCACGCCCUCCUCCGCACCGCCCUCGGCUCCCUCACCGCGCAGCCUCUCUGCAGCACCCCGCCGCCCGCAGCCGCCCUCCCUUCUCCCGGGGCAGAGGCGGAGGCGCUGCUCGCCGCAGCCACGGGGCACGCCCUCGCCCACCUGCGGCCGCUCGUGGAGGCGCUGCAGCUCUGCUGGCGCCGCACCUCCCCCGCGGAGGGGCUCCCCCAUCUCCGCUGCCCGCGGCUGCGCGCCGCCACGUACGAGCUCGCCGCCGCCCUGCUCACCACGCUCGGCGCGGCGGGCGCUGAGCCGCUCGGCGAUGGCGAGGCGCACCCGCAGACGCUGGCCCGCGCGCUCGUCGUCUUCAGCGCCUCGGCGCGCACGGCGCGCAGCACGGACGAGAGCGCUGUCGCCCACGCCGCCCUCCACUCGCUGGACGCGCUGCUGCACCCGUCUGCGCUCGCUCGCGAGGGCCCGGCGGCCGCCGCGUCGGGUAGUGCCGGCGUGCCCAAGGAGGGACCAGCGGGGGUGGCAAGGCCGGGGGCUGUGGCCACGCCUGCCGCCCCACCCCACGCCCCUCCGAGGGCAGCAGCUGUGGCCGAGGACGAUGGCGAUAGUUCAGACCCCGAGAUCGUCACGGAAGGUCCGGACGACAGCUAA